AUGAAAGAUCUUCCGCAGAAAACUAGAAACAUCCUAUCGAACGUGAACCCACCGUCCGAGCUGCCCAGCUUCAUUACGGCGAACGUGGCAACAGCUGGUACGGAGAGUGUGUCGCCUUCCAGCAUCAUGCCGGCGGCCAUCGUAGAUGAUGCAGCGAAGAAGGAUGAAACGGAACCAUUCAUACCGACUAAGUUCAGUCCAGCAAUUCCCGCGAGCAAGGACACAUCACAGUUUACCGCGGAGCAAGCAAUGGCUGCGGCUGGUGUCUAUCCGGAGGAACAAACCAACCCUCCGGAACCGGUAGGACGGGAGUUCGCAAACAUGAUACUGAACCCGGAACCGGUCGCAGCCGCAUUAAGCCCAAUUACACAGGGAGGUUCGGCCCUGUUUGGGUGGAUGAAGGGUGCCGUAUCGGGUAGUGGCAUUCUGCAGAAGGUGGCGGAAAAGGCAAAGAAUUCGGUCGACACAAUCGUUACCACGCUGGAUCCACAGAUGAAAGAGUACAUAAAUUCCGGAGGAGACACGGAGGUCAUUGUAGCAUCGGACAAGGACGAUAAGGUGCGACCAAUACGGGAAGCAUUUCAGAACGUUUUUGGCAAGGCCACCAUUAUUGGGCUACCUGCUCAAGCGGUUGGCAUUGCAGCUCAACCGGUUGGUUUUGCGGCUGGACUAAAGGGAGCCGAGCAUCGUAUCAACAGUAUAAGGGCCGAAAAUCCACGUGUGGACGAUCAUCUUCCAGUGGUGGCGGUGGAGAAUUUUGUCGUAGAACUAUUCCCCGAUCAAUGGUUCGAAGCUGGAGCGAUUGUAUUAUUUGACUAUGCGAAAAAUAUUCUGCUGAAAACCGUCACACAGAUGACACCGAUCCCGUUGGCCGUCAUUACGGCACUACAAGCCGAUACGUCGGCAGACUAUAUGCUAAAGGAUACCGGAUUUGCGGCCACGGUCGGCAGCGUUAUGGCAAGAAAUUUGAAUACCUCACAUACCGAGUGGCAUCGGUCGUACACAUCGGUGUCCCGCUCCGAGAUGAUACUGACCGCGGCAAAAACGAUAGCAACGCUCUACAAACGAGCCGUACUCGACUACGAACAGACUACGGCAGCGGCAGUAUCCCAACAGGAUCCGACAGUGGCGGGAUUGCAGGUGGGCAACAACACCGUCCCAUCUGGUACCGGUGGCGGCGGUGCCGGUCCCGAACCGGCGGAAUAAGAAUUAAUGUUCACCAUCAUUAAGGCUUGCCACUGUAAUCACUACUAAACGGACGACUGAAGCGGAUGGACAAAUGAAUUA